ACGCUGUCUGUUGGGGUUAAGUAAGAAAAAAUAAAAAAAAAACAAAGCAGUUUUGCAAAUAUCCAUUAAAACCCCGUUGGUUUUGAUUGAUAUUGGGUAAUGGCGUCAUUUAAGCGGGCGCGCCAGCCGAAGAUAUCGACGCAGGCCCUGCUCGACUUGGAUCUGGGUGAGAGCUCAUCGGAUAGCGACUUCUGUCCAGACAUUGAUGGCUGCAAGGACGAGAGUGAUGGGGAGGGCGAUAGCAGCGAUGCCAGCAGCAGUGAAUCGGACUCCAAUGCGGAUUCCGAGGCCGAAAGUGAUGAUUCCACGCUCCAGCUGCAACAGCUGCUGGCCGAUAGUGAGGGCACCGGCACCGGCACGUGCCAGGCGCCGCCCCUGCAAAAUGGCAUCAAUGGUAAUGAUUACGGGACGGUGGCGGGUGCGCCGGCCAUUGGCAUACGUUCGGUGCAACUUUCCAGUGCGCCCGCCAAGCGGAUGUGCUGCGUCUGUCUCGGUGAGCGGAGCGACGACGUCAACGAGAUUGUCGAGUGCGAUGCCUGCGGUGUGUCCGUCCACGAGGGCUGCUACGGCGUCAGUGACAAUGUGAGCAUCUCGAGCACCAAUUCCACCUGCUCCACGGAGCCGUGGUUCUGUGAGGCGUGCCGCGCCGGCGUCUCGGAGCCGGACUGCGAACUGUGCCCGAAUAAGGGCGGCAUCUACAAGGAGACGGACGUGGGCAAGUGGGUGCAUCUCAUUUGUGCGCUGUAUGUGCCCGGCGUGGCAUUCGGUGAGGUGGAGCAGCUGUCAUCGGUGACGCUCUUCGAGAUGCAGUACAGCAAGUGGGGGGCCAAGGUGUGCUCCCUGUGCGAGAACUCGCUCUUUGCCCGCACUGGCGUCUGCAUUGGCUGCGAUGCGGGCAUGUGCAAGACCUACUUCCAUGUGACGUGCGCCCAGGUGGCGGGCUUCCUCAUCGAGGCCCAUCACGAGGACGAUGCGGCCGAUCCCUUCUACGCCCACUGCAAGGUGCACUCCGAGAAGGAGAUGAUCAAGAAGCGCCGGCGAAACUAUCACACGCUCCGCCUCAACAUGCUGCAGAAGGCCAAGGAGAAGGAGUUGACCACCAGCGAGCAGCAGCAGCAGCCCCUGGACGAACCGCCCACGAAUCCCGCCCAGGCGCGCAUACAGCGCAAGCUGCUCAAGAUUCAGCUGAAGUACGCCCAGCAUAAGGAACUGAAGCCAGCGCCCUGGGUGCCCACGCAGAAGAUGUCGCGUUUGCUGACCACUUCGGCCUCUGCGUGCCGCCGGCUGCUGGCCAAGGCCGAGAUCAUGUCCGUGGAUGUGCAGCACAUGGAGCAGCGGGAGGCGCACAUCAAUGCCCUCACAGACAUACGAAAGAAGUGGCACAUUACGCCCGCCUUCAGCGUCGAGUUCACCGCCUACUACAUGGAUCGCAUUGUGCGGAUGGAGGACUUUCGGCAGCAGCAGCAGCAGCUGAUCAGCCACAAUGCCAUCCUGUCCAAGGACCAGGACAGUCUCCGGGCACAGUACGAUGCGUCGCUGGAGGAGCGCAAAGCGGUCAAGUCCACGCGGGACACACUGCUGGCCACCAUCCGCACAUUGCAUGGCAAUCUCUCGCACCUGGCACCCACCCUCACGCUGCCCAAUGUGGAGCUCAUCGCUCGUCCCCAGCCAGAGAUGGCGGCGCUUGCCAAGACCAGCACGCCCACGCCGCCGCAACGCCCCAUAUCGGUGCCGACGGCUGCGGCGCUCAAAAUGGGCGUGGGCUUUCCACUGGCCCACCUGGGGCCACCGGGCACCAAGCUGGACUCCUCGCGCAUGCUCAGCACCCAGGCGAAGCAGGGCAGCAGGACAGCACCCGCCAUUGCGCCCGCUAUGGCGUGCGGCAUCUGCAAGCGGAACAACGAUCAGCAUUUGCUGGUCAAGUGUGACACCUGCAAUCUGCACUACCAUCUGGGCUGUCUGAAUCCGCCGCUGACGCGGCCCCCCAAGAAGUCCAAGCAGUAUGGCUGGCAGUGCUCCGAGUGCUGUGACAAGUCGGAUGGCUCCGAUGCGGUCACGGAGAUCUCGUCGGGCCCACGCAAAUCUCGCACGCGCUUCAACAAGGACGGCAGCCUGGUGUAUGUGGACCGUUACUCGCUGGACGAUGUGCCAGCGCCAGCUGCAGCCUUUCCCAGGGAUUCCAUGUCCGCCAAGCGAGCGCUCAACAAAUCCCUGCCUGUGGCUGUCGUUGGGCCAGAUCUUUACGUGGAUUUGACAAUGUCACCCAAGCGACCCAGACAGCAGUCGCCGCGCAAGACUCCCAUAAAUGCAGUUCCAGUGGCUUCUACUUCCGCCGCUGCCGCUGCUGCUGCCGCUGCUGCUGCUGCCGCUAUUGCAGCCGCCGCUUUGGCUGCCACACCCACUGCUAGCAACACGAUCCUAUCUGGCUGCGAGGACUCCGUGGACGAACUGAGUGGCAAACUGUCGCGCAAGGGCAAGCGCAAGGACAAGCAUAAAAACAAGCACAAUCUCUCCUCGGAUACGGAAAAGUCAUUCAGCAAGGAGCACAAGCGUAAGCGAAAAAAGCGCGCCCAUCUCAAUGAGUCACUGCAUCCAAAUCCGGCCAAUGCCACGCCCAACACGAUUAAAAUCAUAUUGAAAACAAUGCGUCUGCCGGGCGAGGAUGCGCCCGAAUCUCAGUACUUCUAUGUGCCCGCCAAUGCGGUGCGCUCGGUGGACGAAGCAUCGCGGCCGACGUCCGUGGAAACGGUCGAGGAUAUUGUGGCGCCAGAGCAAACCCUAGUGCCCGUUGUGAUGCCCGCCGUGGCGGUAUCGCCGCAAAAGCCAAAGGAUACGAAGGAAGCAGCGCCAGCAGCAGCACCAGCAGCAACACCUGUGCCCCCGCCCGAGACUCCAUCGCCCAAGCGCAAGGUUAGUCCACGCAAGGCAACGCCUCGUGUGGGACGGCCGCGUGUGUCCAAUCCGAAGCCCAUUGUGGAGAUCAACUGCUGCGUGUGCACCAAAAGCGGCAAACCCAAUCAGGUGGUGACCUGCGACGACUGCCACAAGCAUUAUCACUUUGCCUGCCUCGAUCCGCCGCUGAAGAAGUCGCCGAAAAUACGCGGAUAUUCCUGGCACUGUGCGGACUGUGAUCCCACAGAUGAUGAUGCACUGCCCAAGAAAUAGAAUCUUAUCUUAAUAUUAACAUUUAUUUAGGUCUUUAUACAAUUUUUGAAUCGAUGCCACAUUUACUUGUACUUGAUAUUUGCGUUAAUUUACCGGAAAAUUAAAUUUAUUAAGAAAUCCUCA